GACAUCCUUUGGGCGAACGAAGAUACCAAGCAGCUGCUGGAGCGUAUUCUGCCUCCCAAUAAUCCCUCCAAGACUGCAAUGUUUGAGUGGGUUUUGAUACAGGCUCUCUUUUGUGACAUUGUAUCCCUGCAGUCACAGGACAAAGAUAUAACUCGGUUCAAACUCAAAGGAACGAUUUCUACCAACGGUCUAGUCCUGAAUCUACUUGCCUAUGACACAACCCAGACGAAGAGACAGCAGCAGUCUGACGUAGAUGAAGAAGACGCCAGCCAAGAACUGGAGCUUUCUCAGGGAUUUCUCAACACGAUGUGUUCAAAGGCAGCCGGUGAAGUCCUGGCAGAUGAAGACUACGUAAACACAAACUGGAAGAGGAGCUCCAAACUGCUUGAAAAUGUUGAGCUCACAUUCAACGAGCCAGAGCGAUGCCCAUCCGCAAACACCACAACUAUCGUCGGAUGCGAUCCUGGUAUGGUUAACGCCCUUACGUUUUCCUCGCUGGACCCUCACAACCCUAAUUUGCGGCAAACGGUAAAGGUGAGGAGCAGGUUCUUGUACCUCCCCGUCCUCCGCUUCAAUCACCUGUUGAACAAAAGGAAGCGUGAAAAAGGAAUGAUUGAGGUUGAGAGCGCCAUCCCUGUGUUUGGAAGGGAUACGUACAAUAAGUACUUUCAAUGGAUGAACGAGGAGUCCCAGACACAGACAGGAUCAAAGAAUUUGGAUGUGCUUCAAGAGUUCUACGAGUCCAUUACGUUCAACUACGUGGUGCAGCGAGUGUUGAAGAUGCUCGGGGAAAAAGGAGUGCUUGUCGUCGGCCUAGGGUCCUUUGAAAGUAGUAAAGGAGUUCCCAGCAAGCACACUGCUAUAACGAGACACCUUGCCACACAGGUCAAAGCGCGAGGACACUUCGCUGCGGUGUACCCUCGCUCUAAAUAUUGCCGGGCAUGUAAGGCAUUCUUCGACCGUGACGCAGUAGGGGCGGAAAACAUCGCAAGAAUCGGUCUUGCUCAAAUUGAGAGGCAAGAGAGACCUGCAAAGUACAAGCCCACGGAAGAGUCACCUGCUCCGGCUGCAAAGCGCGCACGACGCUAGACACAAGUAUUUGGGUGCCGGCACAC